AUGUCUUCUGACUACGACUACUCAGACGACGAAGAUGCAUUCUAUGAUGAUGAUGAGGAUAUGAUCAGCACAGGUGACGAUGGUUCAGCACCCAGUGAUGAUGACAUGGACAUGGAGUUCGCGGACGACUUUAAAGUCCCUCAGCAUUCACCUCGAAAGGCGUAUGAAAUUGAACAUGAGUCACUUUCCCAGCAAGCGGUAGAGAAGCUCUCGGCUUCUGAUGUGGACCACAUAUCAAGCAUAUUCGGCGUCGAUGAGAGUACGGCUUCCUUAUUGCUGCGUUACAUGAAUUGGAAUAAGGAACGCCUCAUCGAGAAGUAUAUGGAUAAUGCAUCCUCCGUUUCUGUCGCAGCUGGUGUAUCCACCCCUUCCCGUGCCUCUCCCUCCGUAACCGGUCCUGCACCCAUCCGCUCAUCGGGCAGCCGCCGCAGAACAAUGCGGCAGACACCAGGUAUGUCAUCCGCAACCGAUACAUCUAACUCACAUUACCUUGAGUAUCCAGUUCUCAAGGCCGAACCUUUGGUUUGCCCCAUUUGCUUCGACGACUCUCAGACGUCAUUCCUCACUCUAUCAUGCGACCAUUCCUUCUGUGCAGGCUGCUGGACGGCAUACAUGACCUCCAAGAUUCGCGAGGAGGGCGAGCAUGCUAUCCGUUGCAUGGCUGAAGGCUGUGCACUCGUCGCACCUGACCACUUCAUUAUAUCUACUUUAGCAACUUCUGGUGAGGAUGAGGAUGGGCGGACACGGGAGCGAUUCCAGGAAUUGCUCGUCCGGCACUUUGUUGGUGCCAACCCGCACCUGAAAUAUUGUCCUUACCCAUCGUGCACCUACACCGUCUCGUGCCCUUCUGCUUCCUCCCGUUCAUCCCUCACAACUAUGGUGCCAACCGUUAGUUGCGGUGCAAAUCAUAAGUUCUGCUUUGGGUGCUCUGUCGACAGCGACCAUCGCCCAGUUAUUUGUCCCGUCGCCAAGAUGUGGUUGAAGAAGUGUAGGGAUGACAGCGAAACCGCAAAUUGGAUCAAGAGUAACACAAAGGAGUGUAGUAAGUGCCAGAGUACUAUAGAGAAGAAUGGUGGUUGCAACCACAUGACUUGCAAGAAAUGCAAGCAUGAAUUUUGCUGGGUGUGCAUGGGCCCCUGGUCUGAACACGGCACAGCAUGGUACUCGUGCAAUCGAUACGACGAGAAGGCCGGUGUGGACGCACGUGAUGCGCAAUCUAGGUCCCGUGCUUCCCUAGAGCGCUACCUCCAUUACUACAACCGGUGGGCGAAUCACGAACAGUCCGCAAAACUAUCUGUCGAGAUGUACAACAAGACCGAGAAGAAGAUGGAAGAGAUGCAGAUAACGUCCUCGCUCACGUGGAUCGAGGUUCAAUUCAUGAAGCGCGCUGUAGAAGAGGCAGAACGAUGCCGCGCGACGCUAAAAUGGACGUACGCAAUGGCAUUUUAUCUGGACAAGGGAAAUGAGAAAGAGUUGUUCGAGGACAACCAGAGGGACUUGGAAAAAGCGGUCGAGGAUUUAUCGGAGCUGCUUGAAUCGCCGAUUGAUCCAGAAGCCAUCUCGACCUUGCGGCAGAAGGUGACUGAUAAGACGGUCUAUGUCGCGAAACGCAACGAGAUCCUGUUGGAGGACACUUCUAACGGUUUCGCGGAAGGGCGCUGGAAGUGGAAUAUGGCGGUAGAGGGGUUUGAUUAG